AUGGAGACAGUUCACAGGCUAGGAUUCAGCAUCCUUAUUUUGCUGCUGUUUAUUCAAUUGGCUUCUGGCGAGGGUGAGUUAUCGCCUGAUUUUCUUUCCCUUCUCGCUUUUAUUUUGCAAGGUAUCUACUAAUAUAUAACUCGGAUAGUUCUCGUAUUCCACAUCAUCGGUGAUGAUUUUGAAAAUUGUUACGAUGUGUUGAACUGAUAAUGAUGAUUUCCGGUGGUAAGAUGUGUUAUUGAAUGUAAAUAUGAUCACAAUUAAGAUUUUUCUAGCAUAUAAUGCUAGCAGAAGGAACAGAUGUUCAGAGGUUCGUCACAACCUUUGAAACUAUCAUGUUUAUCCUUUUCAAUGGUCUCACUGUUUUCUCCUUUGACUGAAAGCUAGCAUCUUUGUUAGAAAUUUUAACCGAAAUUUCUUAAUUGUACCCGAUAUUUUCAGAUAUCGGAUACCAUUAAUGAUGUUGUCAUGAUGGUCCUCCUGGUGAUCCCCCCAGUUCUCCCUCCCUCUUUCUUGUCCGCUCUCUUCAUCACCCCAACUUUCCCCUCCGCAACUCCUUCAAUAAUUGAAGGUUUGUACAGGACGGGUACUCAGUUGUUUCUUGAUAAGGAUUUGUCAUUUGGCGUGAGAAUUUAGCAAACUUCCAUAUAAUAAUUGAUUCUUAAAAAAAUAAUUUUUAUUUUCAUAAUCCUUCAUUUGUACUGAUGUUACCAUGAGAAAAUCAUUAAGAUCGCCACACCAUCAACGAAAGCCCCAUCAACCUCUCCGCCCUUUCCUCGUUUUUGCCUCGCGACGUAAGUCUCGUUUAAGCCAACUACCGAUCACAAAAGGGACCUGAGAGCAUCCAUGGAUAUCACAUAUUUCUUUACAUCAUGGACAUUAUUUAGGUAUAACUUUCUAGUGAAAUAAACCUGAGCCCAAAAUAGUCAUUUAUGACCAUUAAAUUUGGUUACACCAUGGGUGACCACUUAAGUGAUUACAGUGUCACUCUAUCACCGUUUUCAGACUCGAAUGAGGCAGGAGACCGGGGUCACUCGCGCAUAAAUUAGGAAAUCAGACGUUAUCUUUAUUUUCCAGUAGGCUGGCAAGAUUAGUUGGUACAUUCGUCCACUUAGCCUAGUUAUGGCAGAUUUGCAGAAACUUGUUCCAGAACUGUCGCGGAUCGAUCUCAUAAAUGUAUGAUACCAGCCAGAAUUUGACAGACAUAUUCAAGUGUUUACAUCAAAAGAUAUCACGUGAAGUGUUUUUUCUGUUUUGUAACCAUCUCUAAGCAGAUCUCAAAGCUGAAGGGCCAAGCUUGUUGCCGCGCAAGAUGUUAGACGAUAGAGUGAGCAAUAUCCACAUAACUCUGUGCUUUAGGGCGCGUUGCGAGGGUGGUCAAGACUGUUACUGCUGCCAAGGACAUUCACCUUGCGACCAUAGGAGGGAGGACUGCGAAGCACACUGCACACAUAAUGGAUAG